AGAUCACAUCGCCUCGAGAAAAAUAUCAGGUACAGAAUUUUCACCACAAGAAUAAGGAAAUGUGCUUCAAUAAUGAAGAAUACAACUGUAUGAAUAGUGAAGUAUGUAUCCACGAGGUGUCGCUGUGUAAUGGGAUCUCAGAGUGUCCUCAUGGUGAUGAUGAAAGCGCACUUAUAUGUGGUUGUUUAACAAAUGAGCUGUAUUGCAACGGAACUUGUAUAGACGACAUUCGUCGCUGCGAUACACAGCAAGAUUGUCCGGAUGGCUCGGACGAAGAAAACUGCGAAACAUACAUCUGUCCACUUACACACUUUAAAUGCGACAACCAUCUUUGUGUGCCGAACGAUGCAGUGUGUGAUUUUGUUAACGACUGUGGCGACCUCUCUGAUGAACAUAAUUGUUCUUAUAGAAGCUGCUGGUAUGGAGAGUAUCGCUGCAAAAACAGUGAAUGUGUUCGAGAAUAUUCGGUUUGUGAUGGUCAUCGUGACUGUUUAGAUGGAAGCGAUGAGGAAUUGUGUAAUCCAGUUGAACAUUUCAAGGACUGUGCUGAUGGAACGCGAGCACAUAUUUCGGUUUGGUGUGAUGGAUGGCUAGAUUGUCCGAAGAAUCAAGCCGAUGAACUGAAUUGUAGAAAUUGUUUGCCAAGUGAAUUCCAGUGCCAAAAUACCCGAUGUAUUCGUACAGCCAACGUUUGUGAUACAGUGUGCGAUUGUGGCGACGCUUGUGACGAUGAGAAGAACUGUGAAAGCUUUUACACAGUAUUAAAUGGUGUCGCCCUGUGCACGUCGCAAGCAACAAUACUUUGCGCUCACACCAAUCGUUGUAUUAGAGCUGAAAAUAUAUGCGAUGGGUCAAACGACUGUCAGUUUGGAAGAGUCGGAGCAGAUGAAUACGGUUGUGACUAUUCAACAAAAGACUGCGUCAAACUUAACAACCAUUUCAUGUGUUCCGAUGGAAGAUGUCUACCAGAAGGUAUCAAAUGCAAUCACAUCCGGGACUGCACUGGUGGAGAGGAUGAGUCCAACUGCACGCUCACAACGUGUGGUCCAAGUCACUUUCGUUGUUACAACGGUCAGUGCAUCGAAGAGAAAUACCGUUGUGAUGCACAGUACCACUGCCGUGACCGAAGUGACGAAGUUGAUUGUGUUCAAGAAGAUUGCCCUGAUGAUUACGUGAAAUGUUCCGGCGGACAAUGUAUCCGGCUAGACUGGUGGUGUGAUUUCCGGCUUGACUGUCCGGAUUUUUCGGAUGAAAAGUUUUGUGACAACAGAAGACGAACAUGCAAUGAAGACGAGUUCCUGUGCAUGAAUGGAGAGUGUGUUUCUCAACAUCACAGAUGUUUCCGAACCAAGGAAUCCAGGGAAGGAUGCGCUGAUGGAUCUCACUUGAUAGGCUGUGAAAAUUCGACGUGUGCAGAAAGUCAACUGAAAUGUUCCAACAGCUACUGUAUCGAUAAGAGCUUGGCUUGUGAUGGAAACAUUCAUUGCCAGUUUUCUUGGACUGAUGAAGUAGGAUGCCCUUUCCAAUGUUCACUAGAAGAACGCUGUCCUUGUGUUGACAUAACCAUCAAUUGUACGAAUGUAGGAUUAACCUCAUUUCCAAAGAAAAUUGAGCACCAAAUUUCACGAUUCUUGUUUCGUGGCAAUAAUCUCAGCGGAAAUCUUCAGAAAAGAGCUUUGAUGGGCAUGGAAAAGUCAAGAAUGAUGGAUCUCGGGAGAAACGGAAUAAAUUACCUUUCUUCGGGCAUUUUUAGCAACUUGUGGCGACUGAAAAUAUUGUAUCUUGAUGAAAAUCUUCUUACGUCACUACAAUCUAAUACGUUUCAGGGAUUGGGACAACUGCGUUCACUUAUCUUAAAGGGAAACUUCAUCCAAGAAAUACAGCCCUUGGCUUUCAGUGGAUUACUCUCGCUAAAGACUUUUGACUUGUCACACAACUACCUGGUGAAAAUAAUUGAUGGAACAUUUAACGGAUUGGACCAGUUAUUGUCAUUGGAUUUGACUCACAACAAUAUAGUAACAAUGGAGAGCCGGGUGUUUGUUGGAUUGAUUGCACUAAAAAACCUACGAACUGACGAGUUUCGCUUUUGCUGUCUGGCCUCUCAUGUCGACGACUGUUACCCAAAAGCUGACGAAUUUUCAUCUUGUGAAGAUCUAAUGUCAAACAUCGUGUUGAGAAUUUGCAUCUGGUUCCUCGGAGUGUUAGCUUUAGCUGGAAAUAUUGUCGUUAUUGUAUGGAGAUCCAUAUACAGGCUUAACAAUAAGGUUCACUCCUUCCUCAUCACUAACUUGGCGAUUGGGGAUAUGCUGAUGGGAGUUUACUUACUUGUCAUUGCUACUGUGGACGCUUACUAUCGUGGUGUUUACUUCAUCUACGCCAGCUACUGGAAACACAGUCCACUCUGCCAGUUUGCUGGUUUCCUGUCCACUCUGUCCAGUGAACUUUCUGUUUUGACACUGACUAUCAUAACCCUGGAUCGUUUCGUGUGUAUCAUCUUUCCAUUCCGCCUGAAGAGGUUAAGCAUGAAGCAGACGUCCUUGAUCAUGGGUGCCGUAUGGGUUGUGGUUGUUCUUCUGGCCGGAGUCCCUUUACUACAAAUUAACUACUUCUCCAACUUCUAUGGACGGUCAGGAGUGUGCUUGGCACUACACAUCACCCCAGAAAGGUCACAUGGCUGGGAAUAUUCGGUGUCUGUCUUCUUGGCUCUCAACUUUGUCUCCUUCGCUGUCAUAGCUCUGGCUUAUACCUGGAUGUUUGGAGUGGCUAAGAAAACCCAGACAGCUGUCCGCUCCAGGGAUUCACGGGCCGAUGCCACCAUGGCCAGAAGAAUGACCGUUAUAGUUGCCACGGACUUUUGCUGUUGGAUGCCGAUCAUUCUGUUGGGUGUGGCAUCACUUGGUGGAGCUACCAUACCUCCACAGGUGUUUGCAUGGGUUGCCGUGUUUGUUCUUCCUCUCAAUGCUGCUGUCAACCCCUUGUUAUACACCCUGUCAACAGCCCCCUUCCUGAGUCCAGCACGAACCAGAGUGUCCAGGGUUCGUUUCUCAUUAAUGAACUCAAUGACCGGUGACUCCCAGAAGUCAAUCAUUGUGUCACUCCCUGAUGUUCCAGUGCGAUCUGAACACGACCCUCUACCACUGGACAGUAACGGCGAGCUUGUUCCUUUACGUGACCUUAUAUCCCCGAGCCCAGGUCGUUCAGUCAGGCCUAGUGUACGACGUCAUCUGACUAUGAAGAGCAAUAUAAAUGUCCAUCACUUGAAAUCUUCCCGAGAAACAUUAAGUUUUAGACGAAAGAAACGUUCCAACGUUUGAUGAAAAACAAACAUAAUUCAUUUUCAAUCUUUCAAAUCCACACUGUCUAUACGCCCACUUCUA